UCUUCCUCUAUUUCCCAUAUUAUAAACUUUAUGCUCUUCAUCCCUAAAGCCUAUAGCUAGAUCUAGAGAAUUUAUUACAGUCUUUCAGAGGGCAGCCCAUACGCUAUAAAAAGAGCUUCCGCUUACAGACAUCAUCCAACAAGAAACACUCUGAGCUGUCUUCUGUAUACAGCUCUUUUAAUUAGGGCAUCUUUGCUCUCGAACUCUCAAAACAGGAACAAUGUCAAGAGCAGCAGAACCUCUCGUUGUUGGGAGAGUCAUAGGAGAUGUUCUGGAUUCUUUCAUUCCAAGCAUUACAAUGACAGUCACUUUCAACAACAAGAGAGUCUUUAAUGGACAUGAGUUCUAUCCUUCAACUGUCGCCACCAAACCUAGGGUAGAAAUUGAAGGAGGUGAUAUGAGAACUUUUUUCACUCUGGUUAUGACGGACCCAGACGUCCCUGGACCCAGUGAUCCUUAUUUAAGGGAGCACAUUCACUGGAUAGUCACAGACAUCCCGGGCACAACAGAUGCCACAUUUGGAAGGGAGGUGGUGAGCUAUGAGAUCCCAAGGCCAAAUAUAGGAAUCCACAGGUUUGUGUUCGUUCUUUUCAAGCAGAAACGUAGGCAGAUGAUUACAUCACCUUCUUCACGGGAUAACUUCAGCACCCGGGGUUUUGCUGCUGAAAACGAUCUUGGUCUCCCUGUUGCUGCUGUUUAUUUCAAUGCUCAAAGAGAAACUGCUGCAAGAAGACGCUGAUUAACCUGCAGAGUCAAAAACUCAAUAAAACAAGCUCCAUAUCAAUUGGAAAAGGAAAAAAAAUGUGUUCCAAGUAAACUGUGACGAGGUUGUUUUUGUUAGUGAAAGUUAUGCAAGUCAAUUGAUUUUGUAUUUGUAAGAUAUUAUAUUAA